AUGAUUCGGUCCCUCAUCUCCCUCGCCUCCCUGGCGACCACCCUCGGCGCCCGCAGCGCGCUCGGCGCCACCUCCACCGCCACAUCCGCAGCCUCCGCAUCCCUCCCCUCCCCCACCGCCAUCGACCUCGCCUCCGGCGGCGGCACCGUCGGCGCCCUCUUCCGGCCCGCGCCGGGCGGCGACGCCGCCAAGGCGGCCACCGCCAUCAUGGUCAUGCACGCCGAGCAGGACUACUGGUCGUUCUACCCGUGCACGGAGCUGCCGGCGCGGGGCUACACGGUGCUGUGCGCCAACAACGCGGCGAGCAAGUCGGGGUACAUGUCUGAUCUGAAUUUCGAGGACAUGAUGGUGGAUGUGGGGUACGCGGUGGGGUGGUUGCGGAAUCAAAGCGACAUUGAGAGGGUGGUGUUGUUUGGGCAUAGUGGCGGCGGUGCGAUGCUGGCGCAGUAUCAGAAUGUGGCGGAGAAUGGGGCGGCGGCGUGUAAUGGGAGUGAGAAGAUUAGCCCGUGUUCGAGCGCCGUGGAGGGGCUGCCGGCGGCGGAUGGGGUGGUGUUGGAUGAUGCGAAUUUUGGGAUUGGGCCGAUGAUGGUUAUGUCGUUGAAUCCGGCGAUCACGGAUGAGACGUCGGGGAUGCAGAUUGAUGAGGCGCUGGAUUUGUACAGUGCGGCGCAUGGUUGGAGCAGCACUGGCUCGUCGAACUACAGCGCGGAGUUUGCUAAGCAGUUCGCGGCUGGCGUCCAUGCGCGGAAUACUCGCCUCAUCGCCUAUGCGAAGGAGCGGUUGGCGGCGAUUGAGAAUGGGACGGGGUUGUUUGCGGAUGACGAGCCGUUUUACAUCCCCGACGCGCUGUAUCUCGGCAUGAACAACAAGUUCUUUCCCCAGGACCUGAGCUACCUCCACCACACCACCUACCCCUGGAAACUCCUCCACAAGAACGGCAGCUACACCACACAAAUAGUCCCCUCCGUCCGCACCGCCACCACCGUCUCCUCGCUGGCCAACUCGUAUCUGAACGGCGGCCUCAAGACGACCAUCAAGCGCUUCCUGGCCACCUUCGCCGUCACCACCACCGAGGACUUCGGCUACCAGGCCGACGGCGUGACCGGCAUCGUGUGGAACUCGUCGCAGCUGGUGCCCAUCGCCGCCGUCAAGGGCAUCCACGUGCCCCUGCUGACUAUGGGCAAUACGGGCCACUACGAGUUCAUGAAUAUUGAGAAGACGCACUUGGCCGCCGUGAGUAAUGAUACUGAUAUCGCGUUUGUGGAGGGCGCGCAGCAUACGAUUAAUACGUGUACGGAGUGUGAGGCGUAUGCGGGCGAGUUUGGUGAUACGGUUAAGACGACGUUUGAUUAUGUUGAUCAGUGGUUGAGCAAGCCUGGGCGGUUUUUCUGA